GGUCUCCAUGGCGGCGGCGCGGUGGCCGCCGGGAGCUCCGCUGUGGUGAAGCCUUGCGGUGCUGCGCGGGAGCGCGUAAGAGCUCCCCUCCGAGCCGUCGGCCGCCAUGAGGAGGGCCGCGCCGCCGCCGUCCUUCAGCAGCUCGGAGGGCGAAGAGCCGCGCAGCCCUUCCAGCUGCUCCUUCCCCUCUUCCCGGCGCGGCUUCCGCGAGGAAGAGGAGGAGGAGGAGGAGGAGGAGAGGCCCGGUUCGCUCUCGAAUACGGCCUCCCGUUGGGGAGUGAGCAGGAAGGAUGAUGACUCUGAAAUAACAGAAGCAAAUGAGCGCUCGCCUUUGAAAGAUCAUCUUUCACCAUGGGAAGAAUGGUUCAUUGGAAAAGAGAAGGAACUACGUGCCCACUUACAAGCUAGAGCUGCAGAGGAGAUGAAUAUACGACUUGAGAAAAUGAAGGAAAAGGAAGAAUAUGAGAGAAGGAAAAGGACAGCUGAAAAGAAGCUCAGAGAAUGGAUGGAAAAAAAAAGAGAAGAGGAAAAGAGGGAAAGAGAACGAAAAUUGAGCAAAGAAAUGGCAGAGAAAGCCACAAAGGAACUAGAAAAAAUGCAGUUACAGGAAAAGGCUGAAGUGAAGUAUAAUGAAUGGUUAAAGAAGAAGAGAGCUGAAGAGUCAGAAAAGAGGAAGAAAGAGAAGGAAAAAGAAAAAGAAAGGCAGGCUGAGCUGCAAAAGAAGAAAGAGAGAGCAGAGAAGAUCUUUAAUGAAUGGCUACGUAAUGCUAGAAAUAAACCACGCCCUGUAUUAAAUGGUUAUGGCUUUCCACAUGGGAAGUCUGCAGGGCGUCCUGAUGGGAAUUCAUAUCCAGCUCCAGCAUACUGCAACCCCAUUCCUUGGAAACCAGUACACAUUCCUCCUCCAAAGGAAGAAAGUGCUCUUACCAUGAAGAACAUCUCUAAGUGAAACAAAGACUCCUCAUGCAGCUAUCAAGAAAGGCAGCAAGAUCUCAGAAGGUCACUUCCAUUACUUACUACAGUGUUCCCUUAAUCUUGUUUGUAGGUUACUGUCAUAUUCUUAAGUAUGUAAAACUGCAGGUUGCUUUUUCUAAGGCAAAAAAUUAAGCUUAAUUGUUCAUGCACUCCUGUGUAUCUAUUUAACUUGACUAUAAAAAGAGAAAUUUGGACACCACAAAAUAUGUGGAGUGUCAUAAUUAUGUAAAUUAGGAGUAUAGGGGCUUUGCAGAAAUCUCUAAUAUCAUCAGGAUGUAGAACUCUGUCUAGCUUUCUCUAUAAGCAUCUAUGCUGAAUGGGUUAUGAAACCAGUGGAUGAGUGUAUUAGUUGUCAGUCUUUUGAGCUGACCUUCCCAUGUGGAGUUUUGUGAGUAAGAAGUUGGGCAAUAUUGUAAGCUACCUGAUGUUUAUCAGUGCUCAGAUGAAGAGAUAGCAUUUUACCAUGACGUAAAUAAUGAAUUUUAGAUUAAUUGAUGAAGAUUUCUUAGGACACUGAUUUAGAGAAGCUCUGCAUUGUCAUGCUAAUAUCUUCUGUGGCAGUCUUUCUGAAAUAGCAGAUGGCCACCAGUACCAGUGAAAUAAUGCUGUAACAACUAACGAUAGCAUCUAUUUGAUGUAAAAUGGCCUAUCGUGAAUAUAGGCGUUGGUAGUAUUUGUAACAGGUUUUGUUAACAGAUUUUGACAGCAUCUCUGACUAUUCUGCUGUAACACAUAGUUGACAAGCAUUCUUUUGGCUUGUAUAGUAACAGAUAGCUACUUAAAAGAGCUUUCUACACUGAAUUAAAGAGAGUGGACCUUCAGGAUUUCAUGUCCUCACCCAAGUAGAAGAAUCUUAAACACAUAUUUGGUUCAGGAAUAUGGAUAUAUUAGUAAUAACUGAAGCCUGGUAGUUUUCUUUCAGAUGACUCGGCCAAAAUAAUUCAGCUGAAUACUUAUUGGAAUUCUAGUUUAGAGAUUUUAGAAAAUACUAAUAAACAUCUAAAGCUGUUGUUCUUUUUCUUUCUCAUCCUUAGGUGGUAUUAUUUUUUCUCCGCCAAUUUUUCUCUGGAAAGGUUUGUCCUGCCUUCAAAUAAAGCAUGCUGUUUCAUUCAGGAGAGAGAUCUGUAAGUGGACUUGUAACGCCCAAAAUACCAACUUUAAAAUGAGACCCUUGCUGUACCUCAUCCAUAGCAUCAUAAAUACUAUUCUGUCCUAAUUAGAUUACAAAUAAGGCUAAGGCAAGAUAGCUCAUGAAUGUACAUACUGGCUUUGAUUCAGUCAACAUAACGUUUUUGCUGAGCAAGGAAGAGAAGUAUUGUUUGGAUUUUUUCCAGCAGUUUAUCAACCACAAAGCCAAAUGUCCUGGCCUUGUACCCUGAUUUAAGACUGUAUCAGUCUAUUACAGAAGGCUGUAAGUUCGUGCUGUUGUGGCAGGUAAUUAGUUUAUCCCUUUCUCAGGCAUUAGAAAGAUAAGAUCUUAACACUUUGAAGCUUUAAGCAGCAUUCUGUAUUCUCUUAAAUUCUCUCCCGGAUUUCUCAACUUGUGAAAUUUCACAGUAAAAGUUGCAGGAUCUAUAAUUGCUCAUUAGAAACAACCCCAGAUCUUUUAUGUUGGUGUGCAUGCCACUGAAAUAAUAGGAGUCUCAAGCUUACCUUAUUUUCAUUCACUCGUUUUUUGUGGAUCUUUUGUUUCUAAGACUUCAUUGACCACUUCCAAAUCUAUGUGUCCUAGGAUGCACAAUUGUUUCUCACCUCAGUCUCUUAGUAACAAAUAGAAUACCACAUUCAGCCUUACUGUGAAGGAUUGUAUCUCCUACAAGACUUGUCUGUUUUUUGAAAAUUGCUGUGUAGGUGCUCCAUAGAACAGCGUGACUUCCUAGUAAUUGACAGUGGAUCCCCAGAGAUGUUUCAGGGCUGAAAGUCUACAGGCAGUAAAGUGGAUCACAGGCAGACAGAGGAGAAAAAUAUGGUUAGUAAGAGAUCACUAUUAUUGUAGAAAGCAUUGUGUUCUUAGAAAAUAGUCCCAUUAAUGUGACAUGAUAAAAGUUCCAACAUGCUGUUGGAAUUCUUGUUACUAAUUCUGCUGGGUAGCUGGAGUUUCAUAUUAACCAGAUAAUGCUUCAAAUUCUAAUAAUGACUUUGCAAGUGUCGUGUUUAAUUCUAAAAUUGAUUUCUUAACUUGCUGUUUUGGAAUCCAGUUGCAAGAGCAGUCAGUGCUCCUGUUAUCUUUUUCACAGGGAGAUUUUUGUGAGUAAAUAUGGAAGCUUCUGUGCUUUGUGGUUGUGGUCAAAAGUCAUGAAGAAGUUUUAGAUACAUGUAAAUCCAGCAAAUGCACAACUGCGUAAGAAACUGGUGGAGGUGGAAUCCUGGAAGAUAAAGUUUAGUUAAUCUUUUUGGACUCUGCAAACAGUCUGCUGUCAACAGAAAUUUGAUGCUGGAGCCCUACCAGGACUGUGCCCAGAGGGCUGGGUUUGCUGGAAGAAGCCAGAUGAUGGUUACAUGGUAAUGCAGUUUGCAUCACAGAAGUCCUAUCAUACUGGAAAAUAUAGUCAUGGAGACAUUUGGCAGAGCACAGAAAUGCGAUUGAGGCAGACUUCAGGAGCCAACUAAAGAAGUGGAAGGCUUCUGUUAAGCUGGUACUCCUGCAGAACUCAGCUUCUGGAAUGGACUGUUGCAAACCUUUGAAAGGCUGAAAGUGGAUACUCUUUUGUGAGAGUCGCAUUGUGCCAGCCCUCCAACUCUGCACGUUUGUGAAAUGAAGCUCCUGAACCAGAGAUGACAACUGAUUGACUAGUGGCAUCCUUUUUAGACCCACUCACCAGCCAGUAACGCCAGAAAGCUGUCUGAAUACCUGUUUCUUGCUUGCUGUGGAGAUGUGAUGAAGAUGCACUCCACCUCAGCUCUCUGAGAUUAGAGCACACUGGUCUUGUGAGGAAGCCAGGACAUCAUCCUGGAGGCUGCAGCUUGUGGUCUGUGAGACCCUGAGGUUUUGGACCUCCUCCUGGGGCCUCUUCUCUCCUAAGGAGCAUAAGCCCAGCAGCUCUGCAGGGGAAAUCAAGCAUUGGAAAAACAUCAGUUGGACUCCUCUGGUGUUGCACUUGAAGAUGUGGACUGGUUGCAAAGAAUCCAAUGAGAAGCGUGGAGUAUAAUAAGAGGUUUCAAAUGUGACCAAAGAGCUGCAGUGUGUGGCCUUGACACAGCCACUCCUGCCUCUCCAGGAGAGGGAGAGGGGCAUCUGCCAGCAUCUCCAAAGGGCUGCCAUGUCAACCUGCCUGUGAGGCCUCUGGAGCCCAACUGAAGGACUGCUGGGCUGUGAGCAAGCUCUUCAGUGCUUUCUAUGAAGAUCUCUUGAUGUUAAGACUGGAAAAGUGACUGCAAAAUCUCCACAAGAUGAUUCAAGCCUUGAAGCCAAGGUCACAGUCUCAUCCUGGAGCAUCACUGGAAAGCUGCACUUAAAAGAGAG